AUGGCCUCGCGCCUCCUCUUCGUCCCGUCCGCAUGGACUACGGCCCGCACCUCGUGGCUGCGACUGCGCCCGUCCACCGCCCGCCCGUCCUCCCCCUCUGCCCUGCCGACCCUCGUCCCGUUGCGCCGCCUAUCCGUCUCCGUGGCCGCGAAGGACCCGCGCGCGGCGCCUGCGCCCGCCGCCGCCGCCUCCGCCUCUGCCGCCGCCGCUGCCGCCACCGCGCCGCCGCCGCCGCCGCCGCUCGUGCUACCGACGAACGACAAGAGCCCGCACCUGCUGCGGAUGCGCCACACCGCGGCGCACGUCAUGGCCAUGGCGGUGCAGCGCCUGUUCCCGUCCGCGCACGUCACCAUCGGCCCGUGGAUCGACAACGGCUUCUACUACGACUUCGACGUCGCCCAGCCGUUCACGGACCGCGACCUCAAGCGCAUCAAGAAGGAGAUGGACAAGAUCAUCCGCAUGAAGCUCCCGCUGCUGCGCGAGGAGAUCUCGCGCGCCGAGGCCCGCCACCGCAUCGAGCAAAUCGACGAGCCGUACAAGCUCGAGAUCCUCUCGGCCAUUUCCGAGCCCAUCACCGUCUACCACAUCGGCGACCGCUGGUGGGACCUGUGCGCCGGCCCGCAUGUCGAGCAUACGGGCAUGCUCGACCCCAAGUCCAUCGCCCUGGAGAGCGUCGCAGGCGCGUACUGGCGGGGCGAUGAGAACAAGGCUAUGCUCCAGCGUAUUUAUGGCACGUGCUGGGAGAGCCCGCACCAGCUCGACGAGUAUCUGCAUCGCAAGGCGGAGGCGAAGCGCCGCGACCACCGCGUGCUGGGGAGCAAGCUGGGACUGUUUACUGUGCAGGAGGAGGCCGGCGGGGGGCUGGUCUUCUGGCAUCCCAAGGGCGCCCGCGUGCGCAGGGUAAUGGAGGACUUUUGGAAGGAGCAGCAUAUGAAUGAUGGGUACGAGCUGUUAUACACCCCGCACGUUGCUAAUGUCAAGUUGUGGAAGACCUCCGGGCAUCUUGACUUCUACUCAGAGAGCAUGUUUGAUCAGAUGGACGUUGAGGGAGAGGAGUACCAGCUCAAACCGAUGAACUGCCCGUUUCAUUGUUUGGUGUUUAAAGAAGGCUUGCGGAGCUAUCGGGAGCUGCCGUUGCGCUGGGCCGAGCUGGGGACUGUGUAUCGGUAUGAAAGGAGCGGGACGUUGCAUGGCUUGAUGAGAGUGCGUGGUUUCACGCAGGAUGACGCGCACAUCUUUUGUCUUCCUGACCAACUGGCGGGGGAGAUCAAACGCGUACUGGAUUUGACGGAGAGCAUUCUCGGGCGAUUUGGGUUUAGAGAGUACGAGAUCAUGUUGUCGACGCGGCCAGAGAAGAGCGUCGGCUCGAAUGACAUCUGGGAACGGGCGACAAACGCGCUGGAGGAAGCGCUCAAGGUGAAAGGGUGGGACUAUUCAAUCGAUGAUGGGGGAGGAGCUUUCUACGGGCCGAAGAUUGACGUGAAGAUCAAGGAUGCGAUCGGACGCUUGUGGCAGUGCUCCACUAUUCAGUGUGACUUCAACCUGCCGCAGCGAUUUGAACUGGAAUAUGUAGCUAAGGAUGGGUCUCGGCAACAGCCGAUUAUGGUGCAUCGCGCAAUCUUCGGCUCCGUGGAGCGGUUCUUUGGGAUUUUGGUGGAGAGUUUUGCUGGCGAGUUUCCGCUUUGGCUGGCGCCGGUCCAGCUCAAGCUAUUGCCUGUGACGGAUGAGUCGAGGGCGUAUUGCGAAAAGGUGGCAACCGAUGCAAGGAAAAUGGGGCUGCGGGUUGAGGUUGACACAAGCGGUGAACGAUUAGGAAAGAUGGUACGAAAUACAGAACAAGAGCGCGUUCCGCUGAUGGGCAUUGUGGGAGCCGCGGAAGUGGAGAACGGGACAAUCAGUGUUCGGUCGCGGAAGACUGGGGACCUUGGAGGGAUUGACACGAAGGAGACACUGGAGAAGAUUGAAGUCGCUGUCAAGAAGAGCGUGGACUUUGAAGCUGUUGACGAUAAGCGUUCUCCGUGUUGAGCGUGUGUUCCGGGGGAUGUGGAGUGUUUACAUUUUGUUUUUUUGAGUGCGUGUACACGUGUAUUUUAAUAGGAGUUGAGGGCACAAUCGUGGGGGGAUGGCACCAGCGAUGCACAUCUGGAAUUAUCGAAUCACAGUGACAGGACGCUGCUGUCGACGUCACCACCGAUUCAGGUCGGAAUCUCCGAAAGUCUCGCUUCUGUUGCAGGGAAUUCAACAGGUGUGGUGCAAAACAAACGAACUGUCGUCCAUCUUCUUCUUGCCUAACCCACGUCAUUUGACCCGUAUGUCUAGCAACGGCCAACGUUAC